GCAUAUAUAUCUCGAUCGAUCGAUCUGGUGAGGAGCGCUAGAGCUAGCUCAAGGGAGGGAGGGAAGAAGGACGAUCGGAUCGAUCGAAAUGGGGAUGCUGCCGAUGUUGUUGGGGGAGUAUGCAGUCACGGUGGUGGCCAUGGCUGUGGGUUUUCUGGUGGCGACGUACCUGUACGAGCCCUACUGGAAGAUGCGGCACGUGCCGGGACCCGUGCCGCUGCCGCUCAUCGGCAACCUUCACCUGCUGGCGUGGCAUGGUCCGGACGUCUUCUCCGUGCUCGCCAGAAAGCACGGCCCUGUCUUUAGGUUUCACAUGGGGAGGCAGGCGCUGAUCAUGGUGGCGGACGCGGAGCUGUGCAGGCAAGUCGGGAUCAGAAAGUUCAAGAGCUUCCGUAACAGGAGCCUGCCUUCCCCUAUCGCCAAGUCCCCCAUCCUGGAGAAAGGCCUGUUCGUGACCAGGGACUCGAGGUGGUCGGCGAUGCGAAACACGGUGGCGUCCAUCUACCAGCCGUCGCACCUGGCGAGCCUCGUGCCCACGAUGCACUCCUACAUCCAGCGCGCGGCGAGGAACAUCGGCGGCGUGGGCGGGGGCCAGGACGUGGACUUCUCCACGCUGGCGGUCAGCCUCUUCACGGACGUCAUGGGGCAGGCGGCGUUCGGCCUAGACUUUGGCCUGACCGCCGCCGACAAGAAUCCCGGCGGGGACUCCAGCUCGAACAAGCAGGCGCAGGAGUUCGUGAAGAUGCACGCGCACGUGACCACGUCUCUCAAGAUGGACAUGACCGGCUCGCUGUCCAGCAUCGUGGGGCAGCUCGUGCCGUCCCUGCACCGGCCGUUCCAGGAGGUGCUCAGAAGGGUGCCCGGCACGGCCGACCGGGAGACCGACCGAGUGAACCGCGAGCUACGCCGCCAGAUGGACGCCAUCGUCGCCGACGCCGCAAGGGAAAGGGAUCUGCACUACUCUCGGCAGCAGCAGAAGAAGAACGACUUCCUCUCCGUGGUGCUCGGCGGCGCCGCGGAGAAGCUGCUCACGCCGGACUACAUCGGCGCGCUGGCGUACGAGCACAUCCUGGCGGGCUCAGCGUCCCCCGCCUUCACCCUAUCCACGGUGGUCUACCUCGUCUCAAAGCACCCCGAGGUGGAGGACAGGCUGCUCAAGGAGGUCGACGCCUUCUUCCUCGACCACGACGACCGCCUUCCCACGGCCGACGAUCUACACACCAACUUUCCCUACCUGGAUCAGGUGGUGAAGGAGUCCAUGAGGUUCUACAUGUCAUCGCCGUUGGUGGCACGAGAGUCCUCGGACAAGGUGGACAUUGGUGGCUAUGUGCUUCCCAAGGGCACAUGGGUGUGGCUCGCGCCAGGGGUGCUCGCCAAGGACCCUAUCAACUUUCCAGAUCCGGAGCUGUUCCGUCCCGAGAGGUUCGAUCCCACAGGCGACGAGGACAAGCGCCGGCACCCCUACGCAUUCAUUCCCUUUGGCAUUGGCCCUAGGAUCUGCAUCGGCUACAAGUUCUCCAUCCAGGAGAUCAAGCUUGCCAUCAUCCAUUUGUACCGCCAAUACAUCUUCCGCCACUCUCCUUCCAUGGAGUCACCUCUCCAGUUCCAGUAUGGAGUCAUAGUGAACUUCAAGCAUGGAGUCAAGCUUCAGGUCAUCCACAGGCAUAAGGAAUAGACUGUUCCCAGACAUCGAUCCCCUCAACUACGUGGCAUGCAUAUGCAGGGGUCCUCUAGCUUGUUGUUAAUAAGGCUUGUGUCGUGUGUUUCUAUGUCGUGUCCAAAGUCCAAACUCGCACCAUAUAAAAAAUUAAAGGUUUUGGCUCCCGUGACCCAGGAGUCUCGGUA